AUGUCAAUUCAGUUAAUAUUCAAUCAAGUUGUCAGCUGUGCAGGAAGUGAGUUAAAAUUCCCUAUUGCUCCUCCUGAUAAGGUAAGUGGAGAUAUCAUUCUAAAGCGUUUGUCAGUUAUAAGUCUAAUCAGAACUAUACUUGGAAUUAGAGCUUUAAAAUUUUCAGCAAGUGCUUCUGAUCUUUUCGAUUGUGUCAGAUUUUCCCAUCAAAUCGAUUUGUUCUAUGACUACUAUGUCUUUCUCUGGUUUAUGGUGGUUGAUCAGACCGACAGGCUGACAAACGUGCUGAUGACGAUAAUGAGUAGUCACUUCUUCCAGUCCCGCCUUCACUAUGAAGAUGCAGUAUUUGGAAUUCAGAAAAGUCUUGAUAAUAGAUACGUAUAUGGCAAGCAAGGACAAGAACUAAGUCCCAUGGUAAGUCGUAAUCUAAGUCCGGACAGUCUGGUAAGUCAACAUCUUGAAAAAAAUGCCUCCCAGCUAUGGUAUCCGAUACAAUGUUGA